UGUUUGUCUAAAAUGGCGGUCCGAGGUUGUGAAAUCCUGUGCGAGUCAGCUAUGUCGGCAAAUUUCUCCGUUUUUCUGUCCGCUUUCAACGCUUUCUCUGCCCCCACUGGACGUCAUUUCAGCUAGACUUGGUGCCACCUUUACAAUUAUGGCUGCCUGAGAGGAGGGAGGACCAUGGAGCAGUGCUAGGGACUGGGGAGGGGGGUGACGUUAUUCUGACUCUGGGGAAAGAAGCAAAGGGAUCAGACUUCUGCCAAAGACUGCUGAGAGUUCGUUUAUUCACUCCGUAACUGCCUACAAAUAUAUUAUUUUUGUGAAUAAUCUUGAACACUGUUAAUGUGUGGAAUCACCAAGAACUGUGCCAAUAUUCAUAUAAAGCCAUAAAUUCUUAAUAAGAGAGCACUCUAUUUUUCUAUAUAAACAAAAAACCAAGAAAAAAAAAGUUGGACUGCUUGAGGCUUGAACCAAACUGUUGAUGACAGCUCCGACAGUCAGGUGCUGUAGGAGUUGGUGUGUAGUAGGACAGGGGAGGGGGAGGGGAGAGAGAAGCUUACUCAAACGACCUUCACUCAAGGUCAAACCGUUGCCAUGGAGAGGGUCGCCGUAGAACCUGACUGCACGCCGCGAUGCCGCUCGUUCCGCCACGCCCGGGACCUGUUCUCGGUCAUCACCCAGGGAACGCUCGCGCACGUGAGGGCGUUCUUCGGGAACUGCCACAACUCGGGGACCGUGUUUGACGAGCAUGGGCGCACGGCGCUGCACGUGGCGGCGUCCUGCGGGAAGUGGGCCGUGGUGGAGUGGCUGCUGGGAUUGCGGCGGGUGGAGGUGGGGAGGAAGGACUGGGAGUCGGGCUGGACGGCGCUGCACAGGGCAGCGUUCUACGGACAGGUCGCCUGCGCACUGCCUCUCAUCAGGGCCUCAGCCAGUCUACAAGCUCAGGACAAGGAGGACCUGACCCCACUUGACCUCAUCAGGAGAGACCUGCCGGAUUAUGUGGAGUUCAGAACAACAGACCCAGCAGACGCCUACAGCUGGGGAACCAACACUAACUUCACCCUGGGGCACGGCAGUCAGCAGAGCAGGCAACAUCCGGAGGUGGUGGAACAUCUGUUUAAGGAGGGAGUCAGUGUCGCACAGGUUGUCAUGUGCAAGUUUCACACCGUGUUCCUGUCGCACAGUGGGAGGGUGUACACCUGCGGGCACGGCCGGGGUGGAAGGCUAGGCCACGGGAGUGAGCAGACUUACAUGGUGCCCACUCUAGUAGAGGGUCUAGCCUCCCAGACUUGUAUCCAGGUUGCAGCAGCAAGAGAUCACACUGUGGUGCUGACAGAUGAAAACACGGUGUUCAGUUUUGGACUGAACUACUGCCACCAGUUGGGGGUGCUGCCUGCUCCAAAAUUCUCCUCCACUCCUAGACAGGUUGCCCCCAGGUACCUGAAGAACAAGCGUAUAAAGGGUGUGGCAGCGGGGAGGUUCCACACGGUUCUGUGGACGGACGAUGCUGUGUACACCUGUGGGCUCAACGCUGGGCAUCUCGGCCUGCCCAAAGGUGACAGGACACAGGUCCAGCCUCACCUGGUCUCCGCACUCAACCUGAAGGACAUCCACAUCGCCAUGGUAACAGCGAGCGACGGGGCGACGGUCAUCGCCACACAGAAGGGAGACAACUACGACGUGUUCCUGCUGACAGACUAUCAGUGCAGGAAAAUCGCUUCUAAGCAGCUGCACCUGACUAAACUGGCCGUGUUUGGAGGUCACCUGGACUCCAGUCUGGACAGAGACACUCUACAGGAACAGGGGGGAGACGAUUUGGUCGUGCUGGCUCUCAACUCAGCCAAUAAGGUGUAUGUCUGGAGACCGUCCUACUCCUCCUUCCACCGCUGCUCGUGGAACUUCCGGCACCGAGACCUGCUGGUGACGGACCUGAGUGUGCACAAGUACGGGAUCGUGCUGUGUACGCCGCAGGGGGAGGGGUUUACGGGGAGCUUCGUCAGUCUCAAGAAAAAACAGGAGACGAUAACCAACAAAGCGGUUGUGGAGAAGUUUGAGAAGGAGGAGAAAGCCGCCGUGCAGCUGGAGAGGAUCCCGUUUAUCCACCGCGCCACGGGGGUCACCUCCGACCCCAAGGGGAGGAACUUUGUUGCUCUGCAGGUGGACCCAAAGGCAAGCCUACUUGAGGUUCCGACCAUCAGUCCUUCAGACAUGGGGAAAACCUUCAGGACACUCCUGGACGAGGCCAGUUGCCAUGACAACAUCCAUGAUGUCAUCAUACAGCUCCAUGGCCAGUCCAUCCCAGCCCACAAAUUCAUCCUGUCGUCUCGUAGCGACUACUUCCGCAAACUUUUCCACUCUGACAACACGGAGAGUUCCGACUCCAACCAUCCCGACGUCCUCAAGGUCAGCCAGGAGGUCGUCAAGGUCGAGAAGGUCAACCAUCACAUCUUCCUCAACCUCCUCCAGUUCAUCUACUCUGACACCUGUGACCUGCUGACCCCGGGGUACAGGCCAAAGUUCAAGAUCAAGGUUGAAGGGUCAGAGGGCAAAGGUGGCGGGGACUCGGGGAUGUUGAAUGGCGGGGUGAAGAAUGGAGAGUUCGGGGAGUUUUCCCUGGAUGACCUUGCUCACCAGUCUGCCUUCAGUGUGUACUCACAAGGGAAGAAAUCUCAGAAACAUAAGAAGGAAACCAAGUCUAAGGAAUCCAAGUCUAACCAGCAGACUGAAGACGACUCGUCAAACCCUGUCAAGGUUCUACAGAACACGGCCAAGAGGUUCGGUGUUCAGAAUCUGGUGAAGAGGCUAGAAGGGGUAAGGCUGGUAGGUUCCAAAGUGGAGAUAACAGAGAAGAAGCAGACACAGCGAUUCCGGUUCAGCCGGUCCAAAAGCCCUCACCUGUACGACCUGGCCAUCCGGUGUGUGGACGGGGAGGUGGUGCCGUGUCACAAGUGUGUUCUGGUGGCACAACUGGAGUACUUCCGCAGCAUGCUGGGGUCUGGCUGGAUGGAGACAUCAGCAGACACCCCCCUGGAGUUACCCAUCCCGGCAGACGUCCUGGCCCAUGUGUUAGAGUUCCUGUACACCGAUGACUGCCGGCCUGUGAGAGAGGCACAGAACAUGGAGCUCCUGUGUAACGUCCUGACCACAGCUGAUCGACUCCUCAUCACUCAGCUCAAGGAGAUGGCUGAAGUCUCACUCGUCAACCUCAUCACCCUGAGGAACGUUGCAGAGUUGUUGGAGUUUGCCUCCGUGUUUAACUCUGCGCAGCUGAAGGCAGCCUGUACACAGUUCAUCUGUCUCAACAUGGCACCGCUGCUGGAGGCAAGAUGUCUGGAGGUGUUGAGUGAGGAUGUCCUGGAUGACCUUGGCGCAGCGUACCGUGCCUCCGUCCCGGCCAUGUGUCGCAGGGUCAUCACUCCUUAUAUGGACGGGCCUGACCUCAGCUCCAUAGCAACAGAGCAGGACAGUCUGGAGGAGGAGGAGUUCAGCAUGGAGAUGACUGGGUCCUUCACUGAGGAACCCUUCAUCAGUGUUGAGGACAGCGGGUUUUCCCAGCGCAGACACAGGGACAGUACAGGCAGCCUGCAUGAGCCGGUCAGUGGGUCUCCCAGCCAGGCAUGGAAGAAGGCAAAGGCUAAACCCAAGAAACGCACACGUAAGAGAACAGACAGCACCAAAGGCCUGAACCUGUCUGACCUGUUGCCUGGUUACGUCCCGGUCAAAGGUGACCAGCAGGACGUUGACCUGCUCAGCAGGAGCUUUGAGGAGGUCAGAGUUCAUGACCUGUCUGCAGGAGAGGAUGAUGGGAGAAGCUCACAUGGGGAUCCAGAGAAAGAGAACCUGGCUCCUCCCGAGAGUGAUGCCUCCUCACACCACGAGACCUCCAGCCAGGAUGGAUCCAUCCCAGAAUGCACCUCUCCCCCACCCACAAUGCAACCUGGUGCAGUGCCAAAGAAGGGACCAUGGACCUGGGCAGGCCCCAGCAGUCCCCCAUCGUCAGCCUUUGACCUGCGGCAGAUCAUGGCAGCCGAGCAGACCGCAGCCUACAGGAAGGUACCAAACCUGCAGCUGCAGAAAACUGCCGCAGAACAGAGAACAGCUGCAGCACAGAAAACAGCCGCAGCACUCAGACCUGCUGCAGUUUCUCCUAGAACAUCACCUGCUACAAAGCCAACAAGUGUCACGUCUCCGUCACCUCAAGGACUGGUCAUCACCACUAAGAUGUCUCAGAAGGAGCGGAAGAGACAGCUGAAGUUCCAGGAAGAUUCCAGCGCACAGGAGCAAGCCGCACAUGCCCAAGCUAAAGGAAAACCAGCGUCCAACCCAUGGGGCCUGACCCCCAGCCCUGCUGCCCCUGCUCUGUCCUUCAGACAGGUCCUACAGGAGGAGGAGGGCGGAGGCAGGGAGGCUGUCUCCAUGGCAACUGUCACCAUGGCAACAUCUCCACCAUCACACAGUCGCGAGAAGACAAUCAGUUGGGGCUUACCAGUGCAUGGAGCAAAGCACCAUGGGAGCAGACAGGAGAAGCAGGGAGAUUCCCCACAAUCCCCCAGGUCACCCCAGAGCCCAACAGAACAAGCCAACCCGUGGCAGAGGAAGGUCCCGUCCAGCCCGCCGGCUCAGUCCACCGUUCAGCUGUCUGCGAUCAUCGAGUCUGAGAAGGAGCAGAGAGAAAACCUGGUCAAGGCAGCCAACAAACCUCUGGCACUCAUUCAGAUCGAGGAGCGAGCCAUACAGGAGCUGCUGGAGCACUACUCUGCCACAGGUCACCCCGAGGAGUUCAUCACCGUGGCCAGGGAGGUCAAGGUCACCGCGACCCCUGUGUGGAGGGCUUAGCAGGUCAAAGGUCACACAACCCAGCGAAGAGACUUUGGUCAAAGGUCACACAAAUGCUCUAUGGAGAACUUUAGACUAAUAGGUUUUCAACAAAAACAGUUUAACAUCGUCACUCUAGAUCUACCCUUCGUCUUCACCACUGUAGAAAUCCUGUUAAAAGCUCAACAUCUCUUGUGUGGAAAGGGUUGGAUGUUAUGA